AUGAUUUCAAAAUCAUGUCCUUUAUAUUGUGGUGACCAUGGUCAUUGUGUAGAAUAUAUAAAUCAUAAAUUUUUAUAUUUUUGUCAAUGUGAUGAAGGAUAUUCUGGUUCUCAAUGUAAUAUUAAACAUAAUUGUUCAUGUUCACCUGAUUCAUAUUGUCUUACAUCAUCUAUUUGUGUUUGUCCAAUGAAUAAAUUUGAAAGCGUCUAUGGAACACGAUGUGAGAAUAUUAAAAAUCAAAUUGAUAUUGAAUUUGAUGAUGACAAAAUUGGUAUGAUGCCAUUUGUAUUUAUACAUUUUAUUACUGCAAUUGAAAAUGAUGAUCAUCAGCGUACGACAAUUUUAAAAAAGAUCAAUUUUGAUCAGAAUAUAAUUACAGUUUUUAUAACACAUUCAUUUCAUGUUCUCUUUAUUGAAUUAACAAAUCGAACUUACUAUUUAGGUGUAUUAAGAGAGAAAUUUAUCGAGUCCGAACAUAUUCAAACAAGAAUAUUAUCGAAUUAUCGAUGCUGGUCUAUAAGUGAAUUGAUGAAUAAUACUUUUCUAAAUUAUUCAUUUGUUCAUCGUGCUAAAUAUUAUCGUUACUUGUGUCGACAACAAAAACAACUUAUAUGCUUUUAUGAUAACAGAUAUAUGUGUAUAUGUGAUGUUACUCGUUUUUCUAAUUGUUUUACAUUUAGUCAUACUCUAUUCUAUGAUUGUCAAGGAGAAAAUGUUUGUGAAAAUGGUGGUCUAUGUUUUCAAGACAAUGCUAGUUGUCCUAUUCUAUCAAUAUGCGCAUGUCCUGAAUGUUAUUAUGGUGCAAAAUAUAUGAUUCUCAAAGUUCUUGUUGCAUCAAAUGAUUGGCUUUAUGGAUGUGUUGCUCUUGAACGAGUAAUUACUGUUAUUAACAGUGUCAAAUUCAAUCAAAUUAAAAGUAAACAAAUGGCUAAAUGGAUAAUUUUAUGUGUAUUUCUUCUGACAAUCAUCACUCAUAUUCAUGAUCCAAUUCAUCGUCGUUUAAUUAAUGAUUCUGAUGGUGAUGAACAACGAUUGUGGUGUUUAGUUCGAUACUCUUCUUCAGUUAAUAUCUUUAAUAUAUUCAUUACUUUUUUUCAUUUUCUUAUUCCUUUCUCAAUCAAUUUAAUUUCAACCAUAACUAUUAUCAUAUCAAUAGCUCGUUCUCGUUCUAAAGUUCGACCCAGAACACCAUUCACACAACAUUUACGACAACAGUUACAACAACACAAACAUCAUCUAUUUGCAUCAUGUGCAUUAAUAUUAUUAAGUAUACCCCGUUUAAUUAUUUCAUUGAUUCGUGGAUGUAUGAAAUCACUACGAGAUCCAUGGUUGUACAUUUUUGGUUAUUUAAUUUCUUUUAUUCCAUCUAUGAUGACAAUUAUUGUCUUUGUAUUACCAGUGAAAAAAUACAAAGAUGAAUUUACUACAGUUAUUUAA